AUGUGGAAUGAUUAUAAUUUAAGAUGGAAACCAGAAGAGUUUGGCAAUAUUCAAACACUACGAAUACCAAGUACACAAAUUUGGGUACCAGAUAUUCUCCUAUACAACAGUGCCGAUGACAAGUUUGAUGCUGCAAUGAAAGUUAAUGCCGUUGUACAACAUAAUGGUGACAUACUAUAUGUUCCACCAGUAUUAUUCAAAUCAACUUGUCCAUUUGAUAUUGUUGCAUUUCCAUUUGUAAGUAUCAAAACAAUGUUCCAAUUAUAUCGUACUUUUAUCUUGAAUGUUUGUCUUUUUUUGGAUACACAACAUUGUACACUGAAAUUUGGAUCUUGGACAUAUGAUGAUGCUGGUAUGUGA